AUGGAGAUUGCGGCAAGUGCGUUGCAGUUUACGACAAUGGCCGUGCAGGCUUUCCGUGGCUGUGUUGUUGCCAUCGAGCUAAUCCGUACGGCGCAACAUAUGGGCAUCGACGGCGAUAUAAUCAAUACGGCAUUGGUUUUCGAAGAAUGGCGACUUUUGUCCUGGGCUCAGAGAGCUGGAUUGCACGACAACACUCCGAGACAGACAAUCAAUUGGCCUCUUGCCAGCGUCAUACUUCAACAACUUGUGACGUUGCUAAGCUCAGCGGAGGUGCUCCAACGACGAUACUCUCUGCGUGUCACUGCGGAGGACACAGAAGCUGCCGAGGAAACGCAGGCGGUCGAAGCUAAAACCCGCGGCGUGGCUAAACUACUCGCCCGCUUGAAACCUGAAUUCAGUACAGUGGCAGGCAAGAUCAUCCAGGAAAACAACUCAACAUUUAAGAGACUCCGAUGGGCAGUUCUUGAUAAGAACAAACUGAAGCAGUUUCAAACAGACAUCUCUGAGCUCAUCAGCAAGCUUGAAUUUCUUCCCGAUAGCGCCGUCCAAGAAGAAGAAAGGCGCCUCUUUAACCGACUUGUGCGGGAAGCAAUCUCUUUGUCCACUACUACGGCCGAGGCUGGGCAAAUAAAACAAAUGCUUGAUGACGCUCCUCAAACACGCAAAGUCGACAAAUCUAUCAAUGCUGUAGCAUAUCUCAAACAAGUCCGUCUAGUCCUCGGAGCCGACAAGCGUAGUGACGAGGUGACACCAAAUCUGCUGAACCAUGUCGGCGAUACGGCCAUGCCAAAGAUGCCCAAGCUGCCUAUCUUACAAAGAUCAUUAGAGCCCUGGAGUGGGGGCGAGCUUUAUGUCAACAGCCUUGGAUUUGGGACAUAUCAUAACAAACAAGUGCUAGUCCAGUGGAAGCCCGUAGGCGCCACACAAUGGGACAAAUACACGAAACAGAUCAAGCGUCUCGCCGUGUUCCUUAUGUCGCUUUCAGAUGAAUCAUUCCUAUCGUUGAAGUGCUUGGGAUACUUGCCCCUAGAGGCUCAGGGUAGACAUGGUAUUGUGUAUUCUUUGCCCGAGGGUGACACGGAUUGGGACUUUAGGUCUUUGAAGCAGCUCAUUCAAUCGCAACCUCAUGUGUCCUUGAAAAGACGGCUUGAGUUGGCCCAGGCCCUUGCUAAUACGUUACUGCAACUACAUACGGCUGGAUGGCUGCAUAAGAACCUACGUUCUGACAACAUCAUCUUUCUCGCUCCUCGGGGUUCAGAUGACACUGUUUUCCUCAAUUCUGAGCCUUAUGUCGUUGGCUACGAGUACGCACGAUCCGACACCGACGACUCAGCGAAGGCGUUCACACAGCUGCCAGACACUGAGGUAGAGGCAGAUCUAUACAGGCAUCCUCAGGCUCGAGGCUCGAACCGCGAGACUUUCCAGAAACGUUUUGAUAUGUAUUCACUAGGGUGUAUUGCUUUGGAGUUGGUGACAUGGCAGCCUUUGGUCGAUGUAUUCUCAUUGUAUACCAAACACGACCUCAAGGCAGUCAUUGGACUUGCCCAAGCAUCGAAUGAGGCAAUCGCGUUGCCCUCCUUGACGGACCUCUUUGAAAGCGAAGAUGCCAUAGACAUUGUCACUCACCAGGCGGGUGAAUCCGUGUUGGAAGUAAUCCGGACGUGCUUUUCGGCUGAGAAAGCGAAGGAAGGCGAGGAAGGUCUGCUAACUGACCAGACGGCCGUGGUGGAAAAACUAAGGUGGUGCAGGGUUUAA